AUGGCAGAGGAACAAAAAUAAACAGAUUUUGAAAGAGAUUAAAAAGAAAUUAGGUCUUUAAUAUGGCAAAAUAAAAUCCCUGUUAAAAUUAAAUUAGACCCAGAACAAAAUAGCAAUAAUGAGGAACCAUUUCCUCUUUAUAUGUUCUUUUAAAGAGUUCACCUACCAGUAUUUUAUUAUGAAUAAAUUCAUGAGUACUUUGAAAAAUUUGCUCCUGUUCCAAGAAAUUAGGAUGAUAUAUGGUUAGAAUGGAAUAAUAAACCAAUUGCUUGGAAUUUACCCUUUGGAGUGACUUUUGAUUUAAAUUAUUAGGACCCAUCUAUGAAAGGAGAAUUAGGUGAUGAUGAUAGUUUUGAUUUAGGAAUUUAAGAAAUUCCUCCACCAUUUAUUCCUUAAAAUAUAAUCUUGCAUUAUGGUCCUUGCACUAUUUCUAAUGACUAUACUCCUAUUCCAAGCAUCCCUGGCAAAACCGUAUUAGAUAUAGCAAAAAAAAGUUUUAGGUUUGCCCUUAAAGAAUCACUUCAUAUUAGAUUUGAUAGCGAUACUAUUCUUAUGUAAAUGGAAGCAGAAAAAUAAAACGAAUUAUGGGAAUCUUAUAAAAACCUCAACCAAAACACCUUUUUUAGCAUUUUAGAUUAGAUAUUUUAGUUGAAAAAUCAUUUGUAAAAUAACAAAGCAAUUAAAUUGCCUGUAAGAGUGUAUAUAGAAGGUUAUAUAGGUCGUAUAUAACUCUCUCAUCAAAUAGAUUCUGAAAAUGAUACUUUAGGCGAUUUUCUAACAAAAUAUUUCCCUAAAAUUUUAAAAUAAACAGAUACUGCCUUUGAAAUAAUUAAUGAUAAUUACAAAAACUUCAAAGUAAUAUGCAAUGGAAUUGUUUGUAACUUAAACAUGCCUUUACUUUACUUUUACAAAUAUUUCUCUCAUUAUGAUGGCUUCACUUAUCUAUGUAUAUAAAAAUGA